UGGCGCACUCUAUGGAAAUGGCUGCCAACACAGGGGUUGCAGGCGUCCAAUCUAGGGAAACUACAACUUCCAGCAAAAAACGAGGUCGCAAGAAGGCAGAUGCAACAACUGAGGACAGACCUACCAAACGACGAAAGGCAGCCGAUCCGUCACCGAAGAAAACAGUUACUGUGUCUGUGUCAGUCUCGACAGUGGAUAAUGACCAGGCGCCGAAGGCAAAGAGCGGAAGAGGAAGGGCCGCGAGAGCGAAGGCGAAUGGUAGUCUUGAACCCAAAUGGAAGAUCGUGGCUCCUCCGAAAACCGUGAAUGAGCUUCAGAAUUUCGAGAAGAAACCCCUUUCCUCAGGGUUAAAACCGAGGGUGUGGUUCAGCGAUCGAGACGAACUUCUAGCAACAUUGCCGGAACUCUCAGGGAACAAGUGUGUCAAUGGAGUUUCUUGGCUUCUCUACGACACCCCCGUCGUACUCUUGGAUGAAUCGAGCACCUGUCUCCAAGUAUGUCGCAAGGAUUUGGAUGCUCAGACGCUGGAUAUUAUCACGGCGCGUUCCUACACGUGUCCUCUGCAGCCUCCGUCUCUCCUGAACGACCCAUCCCUGAUAACGAUCUCGACGGACCCCCUACUUGACCUAAAACCAGAUCUGGAGAGAACAAUGGCAAAGGGAAAGCCUCAGCAAGAACACAAACGGCGGGUACGGACCCACUACCCCAUAAAGAUGGAGUCUAUGCAUGCCCCAAUAUCACCGUCGCAUGUUUCAGAAUUUAGCCCCUCCUCUUAUAACCUAACAUCUGCUCGAUGGCCAACCAUCGAGACAAAUAGUUGGACCGUGCCUCAAGCUGAUACCCCAUCCUUAUCUAAAUCUCAUCAGCGCCCUACCUAUGUUCCAUGUCCUCCUCCUUCUCAUCCUCCACCUCAAUUCGUUCAGGGAUCUUCGCGGCAGCCCAUGGCACCGGCACCACCUCAUCCUCCAUUGGAAGCUGGCCCCAGCCCUCCCAGCCGCGUCACGUCUCAACCAUAUGUGCUCCACGACCCCCGAUCUAUGAAACGUCUUCUCAAUGAUGCCGGGCGGAAAGUCGGAGUUCGACCUACCUAUAUGGUGGAUGUGGAAAAAUGCGAUGGGCCACCAUACAAGUGGUUAAAUCUACAGAAGUCAGAAACCCCGAAGCCAGCAAGCACAAGCCUACAGCUAGAGAAAUCGAGUUCUAGCUUACUGCAACUGUACCCUGUUACUAACCCCAUGCCUCCUGAUCUGGUUCGAGGUCUUCCACACUCGACAAUUUUGCGACGUAUGGAGUAUCAACGUCCACCCCUGCCGACACCCCCACCCGAAAAUAUAUGGCCAAUGCAUUCUCCUAUUCAUUCACCUGCUCCUCCCAUGCCUCACGAUGCCGUGCAAGGUUGCUCGACGAUACCGAUCCCUCCACCACCGAUCAUCCAACAUGAAGGGAUAGCCCAACCACGUGAAGAUUUCUUAAGCUCGAGUUCAAUACCUUCGCCUAUCCCUCCAGAGCUGCAAGCGUUAAUCGACGCAUACAUUUUUGGCAGGCCCAUCACAGUCAUUAUUUCAAAAGAUCGUUUGCUCGCACAUUGGUCGCUCCAGUUGCCUAAAACUUAUGGGUACGCGGUGUUGGGGUUCUUCAAUAUUCUCGGCGUCGAGGAAAUGAAACUUGAAGUCGAAGAGCCGAAGGGUUCCGGAAAGGCCGAGCAAGUUGGCAUGUAUGGUCGAGUCAGAUGGCGUUUCCGUCUUCGUUGGGCGCCGGGUGGCGAGAGGAGCAUUUUUUCCAAGCUUGACAAGGCACAACUAGAGAGACCUUGGUGGGACCCUGCACUUAUAAAAGAUGUGCAAUCCCGCAAAGCAGGCGACAAGCCUCCGUCCUUUGUUUCGCCUUCUGAAGACAACUUUCCUACCACAUCGCGUUACCGAGAGGCCCGCAUCAGAAAUCCGGAAUACAAGUACCGCCAUGGCCACCUAGACGCUAUUUAUCGUUGCUUCUUGCCCAGUCACCUUCUGGGUGGAUUUGGAAACUACAUCUCAGACUCAGCUUUUCCGCGUGGAUGGAUUUGUCGGUUAUGUGGACGGGUCAACUUCCAGGUAGGCAUGCGCUAUCGUGCAUGUGUGACUCCGGGCUGUAAGGAAACCCCUGUCGCCCCCUAUGCCCUUGAACUCCUACUCCUGCGCGAUCCUCAAGACCGCCUGCCAGUCUCCCUGCCUUACAACACGUACCCGAAGCCACUGGAGGUGACGAAGGCCAAGUUCGAGGGUGGAAUGCAGACUCUUUCUUAUUACCUCAAGAAGAAGGGCGAACACCCGUUUAUCAAGCAUGUCUUUACUGCCAACCUUCCCAAGUUGCAGUUGUCUGCGAAUCGAAUAUUGAACGAUAUUCAAGUGGGUCUACGGAUCUGUCGGAAAGCCGGGGACAGUGGCCCUUACUUUACCUAUAUGCACCCAAAUGACCAGGAACGGAAAAAGCCCCCUGCUGUCGUCGACAUAGCCAAGAAGAUGAUGGGGCAACUGGCUCGCUGGUUUGCAGAGGUUGAUAAGGCUCGGCUUCGCAUUAAUCAUUUCGAGAUCCUUGCCUGGGUAACAUCGGGUACGAAGAAGGGCACGGCCCCGAUACGAGCCAAGCAGAGACCUGUGGUUCUUGUUAGCCUCGGGGCCGACGUUGUCUUGACGGUGCUACCUCGUUCAAUGAAGGACUCAACGGCGCCAACGGCGCAACCCAACGACCAACACGUAGAUGAAUCUGCAGAGAACAUCGGUUGGAUCGGGGUGAACCCUGAAAGGGACGAGGUAGGAGAAGACGACGAAUCGGCAGAGGUACCGAAAGAGAAAGGGAAGAGGAUAGGGAAGAAGAAAUAUGCCGAUCAAAGUUUUGUGUUUACCCUUGUUCAUGGAGAUGCGCUCGUUUUCGAUGGGGAUGAAUUCGAGGAUUCUAUCAAGCGUGAAGGGACAUCUUUCCGCUUGAUGGGGUCCUGCAAGGAUGUCAAAUAGA